AAAGCCACCGGGUAGCGCCUGUCCGCCCGGUUCCAAAGCCAAGAACAGAGCGCUCCACCACCACCGAGGCAGAGGCAGAGAGAGAGAGAGGCCACGAGGAGGAGGAGAUAAAGGGGAAGUCAUGGAGGCGAUUUGCUGUGGAGAUUCGGGUGCGUGAUCUGGUCGGAUCCCGCUUUCCCGGGAAGAGGCCGUGGCGGUGGUGCCGGUGAUGCGGUGGGUGCUGCCAUGGUGUGAAUCAAUGAUGUCCUCCGCCCCCGCCUAUAUCCUCCCCGUAGCCCCCCCUCCCUGCCCCGAGAUGCCGCAUUAGCCACCAACGCACUCCCCCGUCUCCCCCUCCAAUCUUCACCAAUCCAAGCCUCCCUCCGGCGGCGGCGACGGCGGAGAGAUCGGCGAGAUUUCCCUCUUCCUCCCACUCUGUCUCUGUCUGAGCUCGAGGAGAGGGAGAGAGAUUGAGAGGGCCUCCGUGCGGAUUGGCUCGGUUCCUCUGGUUCUUGCUCCCAGCCCGGCCCGCGCGCCAUGACGGUGGUCGACGCCGAGACCCGGUUCCACGUCCUGGCGGUGGACGACAGCGUCAUCGACCGGAAGCUCAUCGAGAUGCUGCUCAGGACCUCCUCCUACCAAGUCACCACGGUGGACUCCGGGAGCAAGGCGCUGGAGGUCCUGGGACUUAGAGACGAGGGGGACGACUCCUCCUCCUCCUCCUCACCCCCUUCCUCCUCCGCCCCUGACCACCACCAGGAGGUGGGCGUGAAUUUGAUCAUCACUGACUACUGCAUGCCUGGCAUGACAGGAUACGAUCUGCUGAGGAGGGUCAAGGGGUCAUCUUCAUUGAAGGACAUUCCAGUGGUGAUCAUGUCGUCUGAGAAUGUGCCUGCCAGGAUCAGCAGGUGCUUGGAGGACGGCGCGGAGGAGUUCUUCCUCAAGCCCGUGAAGCUCGCUGACAUGAAGAAGCUCAAGUCGCACCUGGUCCGGCGGAAGCAGCCCCAGCUCCAGCCGCAGACACAUGAGAAGCCACAGCCGCAACCACAGCAGCAGCAACAGAAACCACAGCCAGAGCAGCAGCUGAAGGCAGAGCAAGCGCCAGCCGAGCCGGCGGCGGAGGAGGAGGCAGUGACGGCCGGCGGAAUCACGGGUGACUGCGGCGGCGGCAGCAGGAAGCGGAAGGCGGCGAUGAUGGAGCAGGACGGGGCGAGCACGAGCCUCUCCAGCGGCAGCAGCGGCCUGGCGGUGGAGACCUGAAUCCUGAAGAAACUCAACAGAGACACCCCCAACCAAGAAACCUCAUGUUUCUCUUGGCUCCUGCAAUUUUUUUGGGGUUUACUUGCUCAUAUGGGAGAAUCAUCAUCGUCGUCAUGGCUAAUAGUAGCUCCUGGGGUGGGGUAAAAUAUUUACUUAGUUCUAAGUGAAGAACUAGAAAAAACAUACUACUUUUACACUAGCUGAAUUUUGGUGUGCUCAGAAAAGAGGAGCAGGGGAGGGAAGUGGGGGGUGAAAAGUGAAACCAAGUUGUAGAUAAUGCCGCCCCCGGAUGAUGAUGAUGAUGAUUCUAAGACUAAUUUUAUGGCUUAUUUAUUCUGACCACUGUUUUUGCA